AUGACGUACAAUGCGAUCCCUGUCGGUGGCUCCAUGGUCGCCUUUGUCGACAUCUGGACUGGUAUCCUCUUCUGCGACGUGCUCGACGGGGAGAGCCCAAAAGUCCACUACCUCCCGCUGCCAUCAACAAGUAUCUCUAAGGAAUCAGCGCCCCGCGUGUUGUGUGUAUCAACACCUCGCGAUGUGCUCAUCCAAAAAGUAUCUGGCUCCAGCCACCUCUGCAUCAGGUUCGUCGAGGUGGUGUGCAGCCCAAUCUUUGAGAGCUGGCGUGUUACCUCAUGGAGCACCACCACCACCAUGACAACCCCUUGGUGCCACCUCGAUGGUUGGCGCAAGUACCAGGAUGUCUGUGACCUGGACCUCUCGGUGGCCGACGGUGUAUGCUAUGAUGGACUGCUGCCCGAGACGUCGGAGUGGGACAGCGACGACGAGGAAGAUGGCCAGCGCACUCUUGGUUCCCUUUACCUAGACAUGCCCAGGAUGAGCUUGCACCAAGACAAUGUCGUCUGCUUCAUGGCCAAGCGCUACAUGAAGAAGUUGGGGACUUGGAUCAUCGCUGUUGACAUGGAAAACAAGAUACUUCAAGGAGUCUAUCAAUGCGUGAGAUUAACCAAAGAAAUAUCCUACAGCACCGUCUCAUUCCAUGUUGAUAUGGCCGCUGCUCCAGUUGUAAAGGGAGACCUGAAGCGGCUGGGAGCGCGUCUAGAGUCAUAUCCGCAGAAGAAGUUUUGCCAUGAGCAGAUGGUGUCAUCCCCCAAUAGUGAGCAAGUAAAUAGCAUCAUGUCAACUCAAGAUGGCGACGAAAUGGACUUGGAUCAAGAGUGAUUUGACGAAGCUUCUAUGGCAAAUGGACUUUUGAAAUGCAAUAUCUGCUUUUACUUUAGCUAUGGUGAUGAGUUUUAGUAGUAGUGUAACAUCCUAAAAACUGUGCAUUUUCAAAUUCAUGCAUUGCAUC